AUGCCUCCCAAGAAGAACACCACCCCUUCCAAGGCCAAGGCCGCCGCUGCCGCACCUGCCCAUGGCUCCUACAUCGACAUGGUUAAGGAUGCUAUCAUCAACCUCAAGGAACGAAAUGGAUCAAGCCGUCAAGCUAUCCAGAAGUACAUCCAAGCCAACAACAAGGUCGGCAACCUUAGCGAUGCUGCCUUCAGGAGUCACGUCAACCGUGCUAUUACUUCCGGCGAGGAGAAGGGUGACUUUGCGCGUCCCAAGGGCACGUCUGGACCAGUAAAGCUUGCGAAGAAGGAGGCCAAGCCUGCUGCUGCCACCGCUACCAAGAAGUCUGAGCCCAAGGCCGAGAAGAAGGUCACUGAGAAGAAGACUACUGAGAAGAAGGCCCCCGCCACCAAGAAGGCCACGACCACUAAGGCCAAGGCCACCACCACCAAGGCUGCUGCUCCCAAGAAGGCUGUCGGCCGCCCGAAGAAGGCCACUGCCACCGCCGCUGCUACCAAGGCUGCCCCUGCCGCUAAGCCCAAGGCCAACGCCAGCAAACCCCGCAAGACAGCCCCCACCGCAGCCCCCGCCGUCGAGGAGGAGGUAUCGCGCGUGCUCGGAAAGACCAAGUCUGGCCGCGUCACCAAGACCAAGGCUCCCGCCGCCGCAACCAAGGCAACCAAGAAGGCACCAGCAGCAAAGAAGACCGCCGCAGCGAAGAAGGCCACCACACCCAAGAAGAAGGCGACGCCCAAGAAGGCAACACCAAAGGCCAAGGCAUGA